AUGGAGCUGGGGACUCCACGCCUACUGUGCACCAGGGAGCUCGAUCCAUGCAAACAACCAUAAAGGGUGGGAACCUUGAUUGCCCUUCAGUUCCUUUUCCCAUCCCUCCCCCUAAAUUGCCCCUUUGGUGAUAUUGCCUCACCUACCUGUGGCCUGCAACAUGAUUGGCAAGCUGAAACAGAACUUGCUGGUGGCCUGUCUGGUCAUCAGCUCGGUCACGGUCUUCUACCUUGGCCGCCAUGCCAUGGAAUGCCACCAUCGCAUAGAGGAGCGCAGCCAGCCGGGCGGGAUCCUGCCUCUGUCGGCGCUUGGAGGCAGCAUGCGGACCACCUUACGGACAGGCCAGAAUCUCAGCACGCCUUUUGUUUACAAUAAAGACAUGCCACUCAUAUUCAUUGGUGGAGUGCCCCGCAGUGGGACAACGCUAAUGCGAGCCAUGCUGGAUGCCCACCCUGAGGUGCGCUGUGGCGAAGAAACUCGAGUUAUACCUCGUAUCCUGGCCAUGAAGCAGAUGUGGAGCCGCUCAGGACGGGAGAAGAUGCGCCUUGACGAGGCCGGAGUGACAGAUGAGGUGCUGGACGCCGCCAUGCAGGCCUUCCUGUUGGAGAUCAUCGUCAAACACGGAGAGCCCGCCAACUUCCUCUGCAACAAGGACCCUUUUGCUUUGAAGUCGCUUUCCUACCUGGCCAAAAUCUUUCCUCAUGCCAAGUUUCUACUCAUGAUUCGUGAUGGUCGGGCUUCAGUCCAUUCUAUGAUUUCACGGAAGGUGACCAUUGCUGGCUUUGACCUUGGUAGCUACAGGGACUGCCUGACCAAGUGGAAUCGGGCCAUAGAGACCAUGUACACUCAGUGCCUGGAGGCAUCGGACAAAUGCCUACCUGUGCACUACGAACAGUUGGUCCUUCAUCCGGAGAAAUGGAUGAAGACACUGCUUAAGUUCCUUGACGUUCCAUGGAAUGAUGCUGUCCUCCGCCAUGAGGAGCUCAUUGGGAAGGCUGGAGGAGUGUCACUCUCAAAGGUGGAGAGGUCCACAGAUCAGGUCAUCAAGCCCGUCAACAUGGAGGCCUUGUCCAAGUGGGUGGGGAAGAUCCCAGCUGACGUGGUGAGGGACAUGGCUGUCAUUGCUCCCAUGCUGUCCAGACUGGGCUACGACCCCCACGCCAACCCUCCCAACUACGGCCGGCCGGACCCCAAGGUCCUAGACAACACCAGAAGGGUCUUUAAGGGUGAAUUUCAGCUACCAGAUUUCCUAAAAGAACAAUCACAGAUUCAGAAGUCUGCAGAGAGACCCAAGCCCAGUUAGGAUCAGCAGAGCGCCUCACCACACACAGGACCAGAGGAGCGGUUGGAGAGAGAAUCAUGGCCAUCGUCUCACCCGCCCCCCUCCAUGUGUGUUGGGCCUCGGUCACAUGACCUCAGCGGAGUCUACGGAGAACUCUUGGCCUUCGAUGUUGUACUGUACAGAAAAUAAUACUAAUACUUCUCACAGCCACAGAAUGUCUGCUGAUUGUUAUUUUUCGUGUCACAUCACGCUCAUCGAUUUUUAGAAAUUAUUUCUGGCUAUUUAGACAAAUUCUGUGAUUCUGUUGUAAGAAAAUGCAGUGAACCGAGAUCGCAAGAAGCAUUUAUGAAUGAAAAAGUUAGCUUUUGGAAGAUGCAAUACCUAUUUUAAUGUUACUUUUUUUCAUGCCUUUGUAUUGUGCAAUGCCAUGGGUACUGAUCGGUAUCAUCCAUGAUAAACAUUGUUGUUUUUGUUUUUAAAA